AUGGCAACUAUUGUCGUUCAGCAACAAUCCCCGGUUCGACAGCCAACUCCCCCGCCACUUGCCCCGACAAUACCAUUGCAUCAACCUCGACCAUCAACACCCGUUCCUAACAAACAUCUCCCUUACUGUCCUCCAGGACCGGUCCCUGCACAGUCCCAAAUCACUCCCCCCAACUCCCCUCCGCUCAGACAGGUCGCUUCGAAGCCGACGUCGCUCCUUCAUCCUCCUCACGACUAUCCAAAGCUAUGCAAUUCCCCACCCAUCUAUGGCAUCAAUGCACAGAGCCUAGCCGAAGCCCUUGAGCACUAUGCUUCUCAGCCCCUCCCCAAUCCAUCUGCAGUGUUCCCGUGGCUGCACGGGCUCCACCCCGAGAACCACAUCCAGUUGGCCUUCUUUGUGGCAAGGAAGAAGUCGUUGCGAAGGAUUCCAAAGUGUUUCCGGGGCAUAACCAUCAUAAAAGCAGGGGGAGACCUCACUCGGUCGCGGAUAAAAGGUGCUGUGGCGCCCGACGAGAUCCUCAACCUAUCCGACAGCAAUGGACAUGGCUUUUUGGAAUGCGACCCUCGAGAGGGUUUCUCUGUGCGCAACUUCCACAUCCAAGCUGCCAAAAUGGCUUUGGUAUCCGACAUUGUUAUAUACGGCGACGAAGAUACCGACCACCGCAUCAUCAAAUCUAUCGCUGAGCGGACCGCGUCUGUCCAAAGACGAUGGCGGAAGGAGUUGGAGAAUAUGGGGCAAUGUCCUGAGACGUACCAUACCUUCGUCCUGACUGUACCCUUUGAAGAUUUUGAACGCCGAUAUCCCGAGCUGGUGGCCAUCGACUCCCAGGGAAAGUUUACAGAUCAUACCUUAGACUUUGUCCAACAAGAGAGGCGAGAAAUGUGCGCCAUGUCCAAAGCAUCGGAGAUUUCUCAGGGUGUAUUCCAAGGUCCGACUCCUGGAGCCUCCACAGACCCACCGUCGACCAUUGAUGAUCCCACCUAUGAUCUUUACGUGGAAGCCAGCGACCAUGCAUCGCUUCCGGACGAUAAGUUGCUGGAUGCCAAAUCAAGCGAGCUGCACGAUCGCGAUGAUGACGAACCUGUCCAUCUUGUCUUUCCAAGUUCCGGAAGUGUUUUGCCCCCUUCUUGGUCUUAUGCUGAAGUUGCCGGGAUACUCCGCAUGUGUCGAUGGCUGUACAAGUUGACACAUGCCACCGAGCCAGUCCAGAGUACGAAAGACAAAGAUGGCGACAUUCGGAUGUCUGAAUUAACGCCUCGGUCACGUCGGGUCUUGUUGCAUUGUGCAGAUGGGUACACUGAGACGUCCAUGUUGGCGGUCGCGUACUUCAUGUAUGCGGAAGGCGUUUCUGUCCACGAGGCAUGGAUACGGCUGCACUCUGAGAAGAAGCGAAACUUCUUCGCCUACCCUUCCGAUGUUGCUCUGUUGACUGCUAUCCAAGACCGCCUCCUGCGGGAAAGUCCAAAGUUUAUCGACGCAAAACCUCCGUCAAUAGUGGCGCCAUCCUGGGUAUCGAAAUUCGAUGGUAGCCUCCCAAGCCGCAUCCUGCCCUAUAUGUACUUGGGGAAUCUCAACCAUGCAAAUAACCCAGAAAUGCUUCGACUGUUGGGGAUCCGUCGUAUCCUCAGUGUCGGAGAACCGGUGUCAUGGUCAGAAAUGGAAAUGCAGUCUUGGGGUCGUGAAAACCUCCUUAUGGUUGACCGGGUGCAAGAUAAUGGAAUCGAUGAACUUACUCUUGAGAUGGAGCGUUGUUUGGAGUUUAUUGGCAGGGGUCGUUCCGAUGGCACAGCGACGCUGGUGCAUUGUCGUGUGGGAGUCAGCCGAUCUGCCACCAUCUGCAUUGCAGAAGUCAUGGCCCGUCUAGGGUUAAGCUUCCCUCGAGCAUAUUGCUUUGUGCGGGCCCGGCGCCUGAAUGUCAUCAUUCAGCCACAUCUGAAGUUUGUGUAUGAAUUGAUGAAGUGGGAUGAAUAUCAACAAGAGAAGCGAGGCGUCCCGGCUAGGCGAGAACUCGAGUGGGCGACAGUGGCCAGAGAAAUCGCUGCCAUGAAUAAACCCUAUGCGCGGAACUGA